AUGGCGAAGGUGAUGAAGAAAAUCCAAUUCCUGCCGCCCGGAAAAUCCCUCCUCCGCACGCGGGCCGCCGCCUAUUCCACCCUAUCGCAGCCGCUCGUGGAGAACGAGCCCAAUCCACCCGAGAUGCCCCCAUUCGACUACGCCCCGCCGCCGUACGUCGGCCCGUCCGCCGAGGAGAUCCUCGCCAAGCGCCGGAACUUUCUCAGCCCCGCCGUCUUCCAUUUUUUCAAGAAACCGCUGGCUUUAGUGGAUGGGAAGAUGCAAUACCUUUUUGACGAUAAGGGUCGGAGGUAUUUGGAUGCUUUUGGCGGGAUAGCGACUGUUAGCUGCGGGCACUGUCAUCCGGAUGUGGUGGCCGCCAUUGUCGAUCAGGCCAAGCGCCUGCAGCACUCCACCAUUCUCUACUUGAAUCCUGCUAUAGCCGACUUUGCCGAGGCGCUCGCCGGAAAAUUCCCGGGUGAUCUCAAGGUUGUUUUCUUCACGAAUUCGGGGACAGAGGCGAACGAGCUGGCUUUGUUGAUGGCCCGACUGUACACGGGCUCACAUGAAGUUAUCUCUGUCAGGAAUGGAUACCAUGGCAAUGCAGCUGGGACAAUGGGGGCUACUGCUCAAAGUAGCUACAAAUUUAAUGUUGUGCAGACUGGAGUACACCAUGCAUUGAAUCCUGACCAGUACAGGGGUGUAUUUGGGUCAGAUGGACAAAAGUAUGCGAAAGAUGUCGAGGAGAUCAUCACAUAUGGAACAACCGGCCGAGUUGCUGCUUUCAUUGCCGAACCUAUACAGGGAGUGGGUGGAAUUAUGGAGUUGGCCCCGGGAUACUUGCCGGCUGUCUAUAGUGCUGUUAGAAAAGCUGGCGGCCUUUGCAUAGCUGACGAGGUCCAAUCGGGCUUUGCUCGAACUGGCGAUUUUUGGGGUUUUGAGGCCCAUGGUGUUGUUCCAGACAUUGUAACAAUGGCCAAGGGUAUUGGAAAUGGAAUACCUCUCGGUGCAGUAGUCACGACACCAAAAAUUGCAAAAGUGUUAGCUCAAAGAAGCUACUUUAAUACCUUUGGUGGUAAUCCAGUUUGCACUGCCGCUGGACUUGCUGUUCUAAAUGCUAUAGAAAAAGAAGGCCUUCAGCAGAAUGCAUUGGAAGUCGGGUCGCACUUGAAGCAACGGCUUCUUUCUCUGAAGGAAAAAUACGAGAUUAUUGGAGAUGUGAGGGGAAGAGGCCUAAUGCUCGGAGUCGAGCUCGUAAAAGAUCGAGAACAGAAAACUCCUGCAAAUGCCGAGACUCUAAAAGUGAUGGAGAUGAUGAAAGAUAUGGGUGUACUUAUCGGAAAAGGCGGUUUCUUUGGAAAUGUUUUCCGAAUCACCCCACCCCUCUGCUUCACUAAACCAGAUGCAGAUUUUCUGGUGGAUGUGAUGGACUAUAGCUUGUCUAAGCUGUGA